CACAAUAUAUAUAUAUAGUCUAUUUUGCCAGCUUUUCUUUUUUUCUACCAUCUCUUUCGUCACAUAAAAGGACUAUUUUUACAUUGGCUCUUACAUUUAUCGAGGUUCAAUUAAAUCAUAUAUCGCAAUAAGGGCCAAAAUUUUUUUUUUUGUUGACAUAAGGAAAGCUUUUGCAGUAUAGUAAAAAGGUGUAAGGUUGUUGUAUGUUGUUGUUUUUUUUCGUAGAAAGCUCGAUCAGUUCGAAUUUCAAGUUUGAUAUAAAGGAAGCUGUUAUUGCAGAGGUAAAAGAAUUUCUAACUCCACCACCAGCUAUGAUCUCGUGCAUGGACGCGGUUGAUUAUGAGGACCCUUUUGGUUUUGAAGAUUAUUUUCCUUCAAUGAUUGACACAUUGGGGGUUGAAAGAUUCAUGGAAGAACUAUGCAAUGGUUUUUGCAUGCUAAUGGAUGUAAGUAUAGGGCUCAUCACAUUUGAAAGCUUGAAAAGGAACACAAUCUUGAUGGGAUUAAGUGAAUUGAAAGAUGAAGAACUUCUUUGCAUGUUGAUUGAAGGAGAUUUGGAUGGAGAUGGAGCUCUCAAUCAAAUGGAGUUUUGUUCACUCAUGUUUAGAUUAAGUCCUGGAUUAAUGAUGGAUGGAUUCAAAUAGUUAUUUCCUAACCUGAUUUUUUUUUCCUUUCAUUUUGGGUGGUUGGUUUAAACUAAUAUUUUAAAAAAAAAAAAGUUAAGAUUUGUAUAACAUGACUAGGGACUUAUUAAUUUAUAAUGCUAAUUCCUAGCUAUGUUUUUUUUUUUUUUUCUAUUAGCAAAUAAGGAGCAUGUACUAAUUGCUCCGCCUUGUUUCAGAGUGAUUUUUAAUAAGUGUGUAAUAAUAUGUGAAAAUUCUUUUUGAUAAUAAACAACGUUUAAAAAUUUAAAAUUUUAUUCA